GGGAAGCGGUGGUUUGCGACCUGCGUCUUGCGAACCGGGUGAUGGAUCCCAACCCGACCGAGGCGCGGCGAAGGCCGUCGCUGCCGUGGUGGCUGCCGCUGGUGCCGCUGCUGUGGUCGAGGGUGGCCCGGGGCGCGCUCCCUUUCGGCAGCAGUCCGCAUAGGGUCUUUCCCGAUGUCCUGUCGGAGCAGCAGUUGCUGGAGGCGGAGGACAUGACCCUGUCCCUGCUGCAGGACCGCGGGCCGGGGCCACUGUCGCUGCCGCCCGAUCUGCCGGACCUGCGUCCCGAGUGCCGGGAGCUGCUGCUCGACUUCGCCCACAGCAGCGCGGAGCUGACCCGGUGCGUGGUGCGCAGCGCCCGGCCCGUGCGCCUGUGCCAGACCUGCUACCCGCUCUUCCAACAGGUCGCCAGCAAGAUGGACAACAUCAGCCGAGCCGUGGGGAAUACCUCAGAGAGUCAGAGUUGUGCCAAAAGCCUCUUAAUGGCAGAUAGAAUGCAAAUAGUUGUGAUUCUCUCCGAGUUUUUUAAUACCACAUGGCAGGAAGCAAAUUGUGCAAAUUGUUUAACAAACAACAGUGAAAAUUUAUCAAACAGCACAGAACAUUUCCUCGCUCUGUUUAACGAGACCUUGACCUGCUUUGAACAUAAUCUUCAGGGGAGCUCACCAAAAAAUUACUCUGAAGUUUGCAAAAACUGUCAUGCAGCAUACAAAAGACUCAGUAGUUUGUAUAAUAAAAUGCAAAAAAUGAAUGACCUUGAGAAGAAGGCUGAACCUGGAACACAUUUGUGCAUUGAUGUAGAAGAUGCAAUGAAUAUUACUCGCAAACUCUGGAGCCGAACUUUCAACUGCUCGGUCCCUUGCAGUGAUACGGUGCCCGUCAUCGCUGUUUCUGUGUUCAUCCUCUUUCUACCUGUUGUCUUCUACCUUAGUAGCUUCCUACACUCAGAGCAAAAGAAACGCAAACUCAUUCUACCCAAACGUCUCAAGUCCAGUACCAGUUUUGCAAACAUUCAAGAAAAUUCAAACUGAAACCCACAAAAUGGAGAUUAACCUGGUAUCACACAGACAAGUGGUAGAAGAUUGAGCUUGGUCAGAAAGAAGAUGGCCUGGGAUCGAACAUACCAUGUGCUUCGGAAGUGCAAGACUUCAAAUUUAUCUCUAAGGAUGAAUGUUUCAAUUUUUGUUUCCCUUUCCCCCCACCUUAUAAGGCGUUAGACAUUUUAAACUUUUUGGGGUAGCAAUUUUGUGUAUUUUGAACUAUACUUGUUAUAAUGACAAAAGAUUUAAGAAGAACUUUGUUUUAUGUUGUUGGUAUAGUAUUAUUAUUUGAGACUUCUGAUACCAGCUUAUAGUUGUUGAAGGCUAACAUGUACAAAUUUAGUUAUAGCAAAGAAGUUGAAAAAAGAAAAUAUACUUGCCAAAUAGUAGUAGAUCCACAGAUUAAAAUGACUUCCUAUUGCAGUAUUACUGUUACGGAUAUAUGAAAUAUAUCAUGUAUUACAACAAUAUGUAAUGCACUCUCUAGUUUCCCUAAAGUCGUGUGUGUGUGUGUGUGUGUGUGUGUGUGUGCGUGUGCGUGCGUGCACGCGCAUGCACAUGCAUGCCAGUGCU